AUGGCCUCGACGAGCACCAUCCUCCGCGCGGCCCGGCCCAUGUUCCGCCAGAACGUCUACGCCUCGCCGGCGCGCCAGGCAUUUGUCCGCGCCACGCAGCAGCAGCAGCAGCAGCAGCAGGUGAUGCGCUUUCGCUUCCAGAACCGUCGAUGGCAGAGCUCCGAGGCCGGCGCCGGCGGUGCCGGCUCCCAGCAGCAACAGCAGAGCUGGUUCAAGCGUAUGUGGGAGAGUGAAAUUGGCAUCAAGACGGUACACUUUUGGGCACCCGUCAUGAAGUGGGCGCUCGUCAUCGCUGGCAUCUCCGACUUUGCCCGCCCCGUCGAGAAGCUGUCCUUUACGCAGAAUGCGGCCCUGACCUGCACAGGUCUUAUCUGGACGCGCUGGUGCCUCAUCAUCAAGCCCAAGAACUACCUGCUCGCCGCUGUCAACUUCUUCCUCGGUCUCGUCGGCAUCGUUCAGGUCAGUCGCAUCCUACUUGCCCGCGGCGCCGCUACCGAGGUCGCCGAGGCGGUGGAGGAAGUUAAGGAAGAGGUCAAGGAGGGCAAGGAUCAGAUUAAGGCCUAA